UGUGUCAACAACAUGGCGCAUCGCUAAUCGGAUUCAUCGGACUCUCGUCCUUUUCAUGUAAUCAUCUACAUCCCCUCUCUCGAGUAGAUACUUGACAUCCCAGUUGUUUCCUAGUCCGUGGGAUAACGUUGAACGAAUUUUUUGACAUACACAAAACGUACGUAAGCCCUCCACGCAGCCCUCCAGAUGUGUACAUGAACGCGGUCGGCACGCGUAAAGACAGGGGAUAUCUGUCGGCGCUUUCUCCCCCUCUGAGCGGGCGCUUUUCCGCGUGGAAACGAUGCGCGAGAGUGCUCGGCGUGGACAAGGAAUUGGCACGUUUCUUCGCAACAUGCGCGAGUGAUCUGCCAGUGUCGUCAGAAGCUCGUCGGCGACGCCACCGCUGCGGGAGUACCGUGUGUGUCAUGCACGGCCCGGACAGACCGUGCCCGUACCGUACGUUUCGCCACUUUUCGCCAGCGCUACCGCGCCGUUCACGGAGGCGCGAGGUGCACGCGGGGCGAGGACUAUGAGCGCGCUGUCAGCCCGCGUAACGUCUGUCACGACUGUCGAAACGCCGUCCCUGGGUGCGCGGUUUGUCGCCGUCACCGUCGCGGCGUACACGAGAAUGACCUAAGCUUGUCAACGCCAAGCUCGUAACGUGGACGAUAAGGAACGUGUGUUCCCGGUGUACGCGUCCCGAUCAACGCGAUGCAGAACCUACGUCGGAUGUGCUGGCUGUUUUGGGUGGGUCUACCGAUACUCGCAGCCUACCCAGUACCUUCGUCGCUCGUCGUUGAUUCACCACACGCACGUGCUUCCUGGCAAUGGGAACACUAUUGGAUGCGUUACGCGAUUACUCUGUUGAGUGUCACCGCCACGGCAUUAACUCUAGCUGGAUGCCUUUGUUGCCAAAGGCAUAGAAGACCUAAAGGAUUUCAGGACAAAGCAGAGAAAUGCAAUCAGGAAUUCAAAGAUGGGAGCAGUACAGGACAGGAAAAUGCGUUUGAUCGGUCUAUCGAAGGAUUGGAAUUGGAUGCCUCCAGAACGUUAGCUGCUUCCGAGAGAGUUCAAUUUGAACCUUUACCAGUGGAAUCUAUCGUGUCUGGAGCUAGAAACACUCCGAAACAUAAAACAAUACCUUUGUCAACGCCGCGUAUUGAAGAUCAAGAUACGGAUCACUCUAUUCUACAGGAACCAUGCAGCGAAUGGUUUAACUCCAACGAGCUUUACGUCCCCAGAGAGAAACUCAAAUAUCUUAGAGAAAUAGGACACGGAUGGUUCGGAAAAGUCGUUGAGGGUCGCGCGGACUUGCAGUCGAAAGGUAUAUCGAAAUCAGGCGGCGUGGUAGUAAGAAUUCUCACUGAAGAAGCUACUACCAGAGAGAAGGCUUGGUUUCUCGGCGAGGCCACGCCAUACUUGAAGCUACGCCACCAAAAUGUCUUGGCUCUACUUGGAUUUUGCCUAGAAACCGAUCCGUAUCUUCUGUUAUUUGAGUCGUGUCCGGCUGGCGAUUUGAAAGGUUUCUUGCGGUCGAAUCGCGAUACCAAAUCGAGGGAAGCACUCACCAGGGAAAACGUUCCGAUACGAAUUGCAGUAGAGAUCGCAUCCGGUUUAAAGCACAUGCAUAAUCACGGCUUCGCGCAUACCGAUCUCUCCGCGAGAAACUGUUUGGUCGCUCCAGACUUGUCAGCCAAGCUAGGCGAUUACGGUACCGGUGUCGAGAAAUAUUCCGAAGACUAUUAUAUAGUGGGAGACCGAGCCCUGCCCAUCAGAUGGUCCGCGCCAGAAAGUUUAAACUGUACGGACACUACCAUCGAAACGCAAGAGAUCACGUUACAAGCCAAUAUGUGGAGCUACGCGGUACUCCUCUGGGAGAUCGUCAGCUGGGGAGAAAGGCCUUACAACGAUAUUAACGACGAACAAGUCAUUCAGAUGAUCCUAUCUCUGAAAAAACAAUUUGUACCAAAUGGCACGCGACUGCUGCAAAAUUAUCUCACUAAUUGUCCGCCAAAUGUAUUUCAAAUGAUUCGCUUGUGUUUGAAUGUCAACGCGAAAGACAGACCUUCCUUGGACGACGUGAAGCAGAUUCUCUCGACUGAACAUUCGGCGCAUAUUGAUUUCGAGCAACGAUGGGAGAGCCUUCGCGCGAACACGUGCAAACAGCACGUACGCAGUGCUAGCUUACAAGAUCUGCGUGGUAGUAUCGAUUCCGACUACUGGACUCACAUCGUGGAUGACGCACAAACGACAGAUUCGUUGCAAUCUUCGUUUCGCCUUGGACCUGACGAACAGGUGAGGAAUAUCCCCAGAAUGAAGACUGCCACGAUGUUUCAAGAGUCCGGCUCGGAAACCGAGGAGGAAAGCUGGAAGGGUCGAAUCGAAAAGGGUGUUUACACUGAAAAAGUCAAACAGAAGUCCAAGUCCGUCACGGAUCUCAUGGUGCUCGUACACAUCGAUCCCGACUCCGACGCGGAAUGGUCAUUGGGGGCGCAAACAACGGAGAAGAGCGUCAAGAAGAAGUUAUCUGUGACCGGUAGCGACAGCGAUCUCAGACAUACUGUACCCGCGGAUGAGUUUGACGAGGCGUUGAAGAAAUUACGAGAUCCUUUGCCGAGCAAUGCCACUAAUAAAGUCCGGUCUUUGGAAAAUUUAGAACGGCCGAAGCUCUUAACUCUGACCAUAGAUCAAGGACAGACGCCGAUCUUACGUCUCUCCUUGGAAAACAGCACGGAAAAAACUCCGGAGAAUAACGAUGGCGCGCAAUCUAAUGUAAACGCGGAUAGUACGCAACGCGGCGGCGAGAAGCACGUAUUAAGACUAUUGUCGAAGGGGGAUCCGGACCUCCCCCUUCUUCGCUAUGUACCUGACCAAAUGUCCUCCGUUCGAGAAGUAGAGCAAAUAAAGGAUCGUGAGACGUGCAAUGUACCCCUCAAAGGGGACAGCAACGAUAUUUCUAAUAAUUUUCAUGUUUCGAAUAAUGCCGAGACCAAUGCAGUAGACGUUUUACUUUGGAAUCACGCGUUAGAUUCCGCUUUAGAGCACAAGGUACCAGGCUUCUCGGACGAAGCAGAAUUCAACGAAUACAUAGACGCAUCGACUGAGCAGAGUAAUGUUAGUAACGCACCGGAACUGACUGCAUCUACGCCAGAAGCACCGCAGUUUUCUAACGUCUAUUCGAUUUAUACCGCCGACGAUAGCUUUUCUAUGGUAGAAAACGCGGAAAUAGAACGAAAACCAUUGCCAAAUGACGACGAGGAGGAGAGGAAGCAAUUGUCCACUCCGGAUGACGAGCAGAGUUCCGAUUCCGGUUUCCGAGACAAGGAGUCUUGCGAGGAGGAGGAAGCGGUUUGUUCAACAUCCGGCAAUCCCUUGUCUUCGGUCAACAGCACUGUGGUCUCCAGGUCGUCGUAUUCCGAAGAAGAGCCAUUCCAAAUUCUAUUCGAGCUGGACACUAUUCUCGACGCGGAGUAUUACGCUACACCCGGCGGUCCUGAAAGUAUAACGGAAGGUGUAACUUCCACACCUGACAUCGAAAAGAGCAUAUCGCCUUCGAAACAGAGUACUUCCAACUUAAAUCACGCUUCUGUUGAUGUUGACGUUAAUUCGGAGUCGAUUCAAAUGAACGACACGAAGGAGAGUCCAAAUCGGGUAAAAGUAAAACAUGAAAAUAUGAUAGAAGACAUCGAGAUGAAAAAGAGGAGUGUAACUCCGGAAGAAAUGCAGGAGUUUACAGCCAAAAUUGAUAUCCAUCAAUCGCACGAUUCAGAAGCGGAGACACGCGCCUUAAAAUUAGACGCCUUUAAUACUCAACGAGAUGAGUGCUCGCAGGGAGAUUAUGAGAAUGAGGAUGAAGACAGUUCAACGGUGAGCUUGCGUAGCGAUAACUCAUACGUGUCGUUCGGUAUGGAGGAAGAAUUCGUAACGGCGAUUCGUAACGAGCUCAGGGAGAAGUUGCCUCAGGCUCAGAUGCAGAUCGUGGAAUCCUUGGAAGCGCACGACGACGAAAAUUCUUCCAUCUCCGACGACGCGUACGGCAAACAGUGGGACGAUGAGGACUGUGAAGAUUUGGCCAAUCAAGUUAGCGGAGGUGUAGACAUUUCGAUUAGGUACAACGUUUAUGGAACGCCGCUUAGUCCUAUCCUGGAAGAGCGAGAAAGCACCGUCACCUCUGAGUCUUUAAUGUCGAACUCUAGAGAAACAUCCGUCGCUUCAAGAGAAUCGAUGCCGUCCGAAGAUGUGCUAAUGGUAGAUACUCGUACGAAUGAAAUGGUAUUGUUGGAGGGACGAUUACAGGACGAUGAUCGAGAUACAACGAAUGGCGAUCUGUCCGAAGAGGAAAAUUUAGAUUACAUUAGUUCAGUAGCACGUCCGUUAGAGGAUAAGUCGCGUAUCGUGAAAACGACCGGAGGUGCGCCGUUACCGAGUCCUGAGGAGGAAUCCAAAUGGCAACAGUUACCUUCGUCUUUCCCAUUACCUUUGCCUUUGCAAGAUGAUUUGAUGUCGACGAGUUUUGUCACCGAACGCGAAUGUUGUAGUCAAGAUGAAGAUGAAGAGGAGGAAGAGGAAGAGGAGGAGGAGGAGGAGGAGGAGGAGGAAGAAGAUGAAGAUGGAGAAGAAGAAGAAGAUGAGGAUAACAGUUCUAGUUCCGGUGAAUUUGUAUGGAAGAGAUAUAACGAGCUACAUAUCGAGCAGAUACGAAUCAGAAGUACUGUGAAUAACGACAAAACGAACACGGCGACAAAUGCCGGGUUAGAAGAAGAAUUGGCCGUCGAGGACGAGGAGGAAGAAGAAGAAUUUACACCUUCGGCCUGGAAUGCUGCUUUAGCACCACAUCGAUCGGCACUGAGGUCUCCGGACAAAACGUUAAAAUCGGGGGAUGAGUUGGAUCAGAAGAAGAGCGUGUGGUUCAAGAAGCAACGCUAUCAGUGCGUGUAUGAGUACCCGAAGGAAACAUUACCCACGGACAGUCAAGCGGAUACUAUUACCAACUCGGAACCAACGUCAUACUCUGAUUGGGAAGAAAUGAUGAAUGAACCGCGAUUAGAUCUAUAUCCUUUAGAUUAUGACGAUGCCAAUCAUACUGGAAACGAAGAAUUUUUUGUGACUAGUUCGAAUCGACCCUUUCAGUUCCAAACUGGCGAAAGUAAGUACGUCAGUCAAUUUUUUCCCGGUGCAAACGCGGUUUCGUUGUCCGACGAUCGGGAUGAAACGGAUGGAUGCCGACCAGAGCUACACCAGAACAACGUUGAUUUCGCGCAUGAAUACGACCAGUGUCAGCAGCACCAGUUAGGAGAAUUGAGACACACUAGAGAUCGUUUGAAAUUAAAUUUGGUAUCGUCAAAUGGUACACCGUCCACCCCAUUCGUUCCUGCGAGACAAUCACUCGCGGACGACGAGCAGUUAGACGUUAAAGAAAAUCACGAAUCAGAACUCGUGGACAAAGUCGUCACGCAGGACCAAUGUACAGUAUCGAGUCCAACGAACGACGAUAACACAUUGCCAAAGGUGCCUCAUGAAGAUGUUCAGGUCGGUUCAUCUUCUACAAGAAUUUCCCAGUGUGAUAGUCAGGAGACGCUGGAACCCACCGAGAAGUGCAGUGUUUUAGCUCGUGAUUAAAAAAAAAAUGAGACUAAAGUCUGUAAUGAAAUUUUAGGAAAGACAGUUUAGUUACGCCAAGUCCGUCCGAAACAAUCUCGUCGUAAAAAUGUGGUGAUUCUCCUUGUUAACGCACGCGAUCCAAUUGAUUAUCACCGAUGAGAUUAUUACCACGACACGAAUCUCGAACAAAUGUAUAUAAGAAAGGAGAUGUAGCGAAUAUUACUCGAGGCUAUACAAGUCGAUCGGUUGUCUAAUGGAUCUUGUUAGCGGAAUUGUUAUAUGAUUGUUCUGUAACAAAUACGGAAAAACGUAUCGAUAUACAGAUAGUCGCGGCGCUAUAUAUUAAAAGCUUUCUAUCCGUAUGACGGUUUAGUCACGAUAGUACGAAGUAAGUAAUAACGAAAGGGACUGUGUAAAAAGUGAACAUAUGAGUAUUAAUUCUAGACAAUCCGAUUUGUAGAAGCUACAUCGAAUUACGAUGAACAAUUCGUUGCGCGUGUAAAUAAUUAUUGUUUAUAGUGUAAUUGUUAAAUGAGCAGUAGUGCCUACUGUAGAACGACACGAUUAUUUUUGUGACUCCUCUAUAAGAAGCUCCAUAUAAUCGUCUUUCAUGUCAUCUCUUUGUUUUCCCUUGCCAACACUCAUAUUGUCAUACGUCUUGAUAUUAAUUAAAUAUUAACAAAAAUCUGCUCUCUACCUUAUCAAAGUAUUGUAUAGCAAAGUAUACUGGGACUGCCAUCCCACUUAUAAAGAUUCGUGGCGAAGGAAAAAUUAUGAAAAUACUUGCACGACUAAUUUUCUAUAUGAUAUAUACACGAUGUACUGAUAGAUUUUUACUUUUAUUAGAUCUGUGAUGAGAAGAAUAUAAUGCGUAUACCGAUAUGUUUUUAUAUUGGAUUUAAGAAACGAGACAAGAGCUCUUGCAUUAGCGAAUAUAUUUAAGUUGGAAAGUACGCGUCUAUCGUACUAAGUGAGAAUACGUCAAACUGAUUUGUUUUACUCGAAUGCGUGAUACAAAGAGCGAUCAUGUUACGAAAAAGUUUGCCUUUUUUUGCGGUAAUAUAACAGGAAUCUCAGAUAAUUACCUUUAUGCUAACAGAUAACUUUGUGCGUUUACAAAUAUAUUUGCUUCACAAUACCAUAUGAAAGUGUGCAAUACAAACGAGUAAUCGUUUAUAAGUUCAGUAUAAGCACAUUGUGUGUUUUUAGAGGAUAUUUCUAUCUAAAAUCGCUCGCGGAAGCGCGAUAAACAUAGGUACGAUCGCAAAUGCUGUUUUAGAGAAAUUUUUACAAGUAUUUGUUUGCAAUAAUGUAUCUCUGUAUAAUUGUAUAAUUACUCGUUCACGGACACGAAGAGACUGUUAUUAAAACGAAUCGAUGACACUAUCGAAAUAUACAAAUAUAGUUUAGCGUCGUACGAAAACCGUGUGGGAAUUUGUGCCACUGUCGUUUCACAAGUGCAUGCGAUAUUGAGGAGAUUAUAUAAGCAAAUCGCUGCUGUCGUAGCACCGCGAGUACUGUCACGUCUCUCGCUAUUACCACACCUAUUAUUAACUGAUACUGCUUCGUGCUCACUAUGACAUAAGCUAAAAUAGAAAACAAUUAAUAUAUUGUUA